AUGGUUGCCGUUCAGAGCUCCGGAACUGAACCUGGUAUGAAUGAAAGUGAGAUAGCAAACUUGACGGAGAUUGCAACUUCGGACUUGGAAGCCAGCGCUGGGAUUGUUGCUCCGUCGCCAGAUUCAUUUCUGGGAACCUCGAGCGGGUAUCCUCUUACGAAGCUUCUGCGAUCGGCAUUGCCCUCAGUAGAUGCACGCCAGAGCGAUCGGACAACAACUUCACACCAAGUAAAUGCCACAAGACGCUCUUUAAUAGGUGUGUGCGCCAACACAGGGCAGCAGCCUGAGGGCGACCGUGUCUCUGGCGGCUCGGAUUUGCCCAGCAAGGAAGUCGGCGAUAAGCUCAUCGAAGCGUACCAUGCAAGGUUGCACCCCAAGCAUCCCUUCCUGCCCCGUAGAAGAGUCCGGUCGCUACAAGAGGCUAGAUUUGAGCUCAUCCCAGCACAUAAAGAUGUGCGCUCAGAAGGUGUGCGGAGUGGAUGCGACUAUGCGACGUUGCAACUGGUGUAUGCCAUUGGAGCACGUUACUUGCAGCUGAGCAACGAUGAUGAUCAUUAUUCAUCUCCAAAGGUUAGGCUCUACACUAAGGAGAAUCACAAUGUCUGA